AUGCAGCGGGAGGAGACGGAGGAGGAGCGGCGCGCGCGGCGCCUGGCCAAGAAGGCGGCCAAGGAGGCGCGCAAGGCGGAGACCGUGGCGGGCUACUCGAACAGCACCAAUCCGUUCAACGAUCCGAACCUGAAUGAGCAGUUUGUGUGGGGCAAGAAGCAGACGCGCGACGGCACGACCGAGCAGGAGGCGCGCGCGACGGCCAAGCGGCGACGGCACGAGGUGGCGGCGGAGCUGCAGAAGGUCAAGGAGUCGCGCGAGAAGGGCGAGCGCGAGCGCGAGGCGUGGGAGGCGGAGAAGCGGCAGCUCGACAAGGAGCGGGAGCAGAUGGCGUUUGCAGACAACCAGCGGCGCGAGGACGAGUUCCAGCUGCAGCAGGAGCGCUCGCGCGCGGUGCGGCGCGUCGAGGAGGGGCGCGCGCGCCUCGUCGACCUCCUCACCGCAGGGCUCUCGCUGCUCGAGAGCGACGCCGCGCCGUCUGAGCUGCUGCCGAACGAGGUGCCGGACCCGCUGGCGGUGUUUGAGCACAGCAGCGAGGCGGAGUUGCGCGAGCUGCAGGGAGAGAUCUCGAGGCACUCCGACCUCGACUCGGGCAACGCCGACUUUUGGGCCGCCAUGGGCCUCGUCUGCGACGACGCGCUGCAGGCGUCGUCGGGGGACACGACGGUGACGGCAGAGGUGCGGGGCGAGAUCGACGCGAUGCUGGACGGCAAGUCGCCGGCGGAGCUGGACGAGCUGCAGGGGCAGAUCGUGUCGGAGCUGCUGGCCACCCACGAGGCGGCGGCGGAGGCGGAGGCGGACGGGCGGUACAGCCCGGAGCCUCUCUCGGCGAGGCAGGCGGAGGCGCGAAAGGGCAUGGAGGCGGGCGAGGCUCGCUUCUCGGUCGAGGCCGAGUGGUGGCACGACAAGUACCGGCCGCGCAAGCCAAAGUACUUCAACCGCGUGCACACCGGGUACGAGUGGAACAAGUACAACCAGACGCACUACGACCACGACAACCCGCCGCCAAAGAUGGUGCAGGGGUACAAGUUCAACGUCUUCUACCCCGACCUGAUCGACCGGCGCAAGACGCCGACCUACUCCCUCUCGCCCGACCCGGGCUCGUCGGACACCUGCAUCCUGCGCUUCCACGGCGCACCGCCCUUAGUCAUGCCGCAGAGCCACGCCUCACGCACCUACUCGCUGGCCGCUUGA